AAGGAGAGGAGGAUGAGAAGAAGAUGAAUGCUGAUGAUGAUCAGCAUAAAGAAGAUGAUGAUGAUGAUGAUGAUGAUGGUGAUGAUAAGGAUCACCAGAAUCAUAAUGAGAGAAAGGAUGAUGAUGCUGAUGAUAAUGGUGAUCCUGGUCUUCAAGGAGAUGAAGACAAAGGAGUAGAUAAGGAUGCUGAUCUUCAUGUAGAUGAAGACAAAGGAGGAGAUAAUGGUGAUCCUGGUCUUCAAGGAGAUGAAGACAAAGUAGGAGAUAAGGAUGCUGGUCUUCAUGGAGAUGGAGAGGAAGAUAAUGAGAAAGAACCGAAGGAAGAUGGUAAGAAGAAGACUGGCAAUGCUGAUGAUGAUUGUGGUCUUCAAGGAGAUAAAGAGGAAGGAAGAAAUAAGGAGUUGGAUGCUGGGGUUUAUACAGAAGAGAGAAAGGAGGAAAAAAACAUUGCUGAUUUCGAUGCCCCUUCAUUCCAACUAUUAACUCCUAGUCCUGUUGUUGAGGAUCUUCCAUACAGUGAAGAGAGUGAGAAAGUUGGGAAAGUUGUGAGGGUUAAGGAACCAGGUGAUGAUUAUGACGAUGAAGGUUUGGAGGACCUGAUUGAUAGGAUUGCUGAUCAUGGAGUUGAAUCAUCAUCUGACAAGGCUAAAAAAGAAGAGUAUGAUAAUGAAGCUGGUGUUGUUUCAUCUUCUACGCCUGGUUUGCAUGCUGUUCCUGUCAACAACCAUGGCAUAAUAUUAUGUCGAAGUUUGCAGCAUUAUAAUAGAUAUUUGAGUGAUUUGUCUCCUGACCAGAGGUUGCUGGUUGAUUAUCUAUUUUACAAUGAGUAUGAAGAUGUUGCAUAUAUGUCAUUGGAUACAGAUUCUGAGGAAGUGAAGAUGAAAAAUGACAUUAUGCAAAGUGAACUUACAAGUGAUCUCAUUGUGGAUUUUGAUAAUCCUCAUAGCAACUAUGCGGUUCAGCUGUACAAAUUCGACUUAAUUAGCAUGCCUCGUCAAGGUUGGCUGACAAGUGGAGUUAUUGACGGAUGCGCUUUCAUGUUCAAUAGGCAAGAAGAGGAAUCACCUUCUGCAACAAGGAGAUUUUGGUUUAAUAUUAUGCCUUUUAACUAUAUCAAUUGGUUGUGUGCUGAGAAGGUAAAAAAGGUUCAGUUUGAGAGUGAGAUUGCUGAAAAUGAGAUUAUUUUGAAGAACCUGGAGGGCACUAGGCAGUAUGAUCAGAAGUUUAAGGAAUGGGAAGAAAACAAGAAAAAGCUUAUUACAAAAGAUGAUGAUUUAUUCUACAAGAAAUGUAAGGAAGCUAUUUCUUCAUGGGUGAAAUCAUUUCCACGCAAUGAUAUUCGAGAAGCUGAACUGAUUUUUGUUCCUGUUCACAAGGAUGAUCAUUAUACUGUCUUGGUGCUGAACAAGAAAGCAAAAAGGAUUGAAAAUAUUGACAAUCGUACAGACAUGAAGGACAUUGAUAGAUAUAAGCAUGAGGAAUUUAACGGUCUUACAUACUUUUGUCGUGCUUUUGAUUCUUUUAUGCAAGAGACUAUGAGUGUCGUGAUUUUGAUCGUCUCCACCAUUGGCAAACAUCAACUCUUUACUUCCCUUGGAGAAGCAAGGACAACAAUUUUGAUUGUGGUGUCUAUGCAAUCAAAACCAUGGAGCUGUAUGACGGUCAUAAUACUAACCAUGCUGCACUUGUUGACCUGAAAAGG